UAAAAGAUCGAAGCUCGAAACUUCCGGGCGCAACCCAUUAAACCCUUUCGCUUUCUCACACUCCUCUCCAUCGUCGUCGUCAUCGUCCUCCUUCGCCGACGACGAGCUUCGCCAUUGGAGUCCCCCCUCCCCAAAGUCUCCUUCCGAGCUUCGCCAAUGGCGGCCCCCCUCUCCACCAACCCCGCUUCCAGCGAUGAGAUCCCCUCGGAUCCACAAGUAGACGAAGAGCACGAGCCCAAGGAGAGCAUCCUCCUUCGCUACUUCCUCCAAGAGUGGGAGCUCGUAAAAUCCCUCCUCGACCACAUCGUCGCCAAUGGCGGCGUCGCCGAACCCUCCGACAUCAACAAGAUCCGCUCCAUCAUGGACAAGUAUCAACAAGAGGGCCAGCUUCUUGAACCCUACCUGGAGAGUAUCAUCUCGCCUCUCAUGUCAUUAGUUCGGUCCAGGACAAUGGAGCUCGGGGCAGCCUCCGAUGCGCUUCUCAAUAUCAUCAAACCUUUGUGCAUUAUUAUUUAUACGCUCGUCACAGUGUGUGGAUACAAGAGCGUAAUCAAGUUCUUCCCGCAUCAGGUCUCGGAUCUUGAGCUCGCAGUUGCCCUUCUUGAGAAGUGCCACCAAACUGCUUCAUCCACUUCGCUAAGGCAGGAAAGUACGGGCGAGAUGGAGACAAAGUGUGUUGUGCUCUUGUGGCUUUAUAUACUAGUCUUAAUCCCUUUCGAUAUCUCCUCUGUGGACAGUAGUAUGGCUUAUAAUGAUCAUGCUGAUGGAUCUGAGCCAGUGCCUUUGGUCAUGAAGAUGCUGGAGAUAUCUAAAGAUUAUCUAGCAAGUGCUGGUCCAAUGCGGAGGAUAUCUGGGUUGUUGCUAGCAAGGCUUUUAACACGCCCGGACAUGUCAAAAGCUUUUACCAGCUUUAUUGAAUGGGCACAUGAAGUCCUCUUAUCUGUCACAGAUGAUGUUGCCGACCACUUCAGAUUACUCGGUAUAGUGGAAGCUUUAGCUUCAAUAUUCAAGAUUGGCAGUGCUAAAGUUCUUAGCGAUGUGAUUUCCACUAUUUGGAGUGAUUGUUCAUUUUUGAUGAAGUCUACUGCUGCUGCUCGGAGUUCCUUACUUAGAAAGUUUGUGGUCAAAUUAUCGCAGCGCGUUGGGUUAACUUGUUUGCCUCAUCGUUCCCUGACAUGGCAAUAUCUGGGAAAGAAUAGCUCAUUACAUGAAAAUCUUUCUCUGCAUAUUUAUGGAAGAGAUUCUUCAGGUGAUUAUGGUCAAGAUGCCUACCAAUUAAAUGACACAGAAAAUACAAGUAUUCCAGAUGAAGAGGAUAUGGAUGUUCCAGAAACUGUGGAGGAGAUAAUAGAGUUAUUAUUGUCUGGUUUAAGAGAUUCGGACACGAUUGUGAGAUGGUCUGCUGCAAAAGGUAUAGGUCGGAUAACUGCACGAUUAACUUGUGCUCUAUCAGAAGAAGUGUUAUCUUCUAUCCUGGAGCUAUUUUCACCUGGUGAGGGAGAUGGUUCUUGGCAUGGAGGCUGCUUGGCUUUGGCGGAGUUGGCUCGCCGAGGAUUGCUGCUACCUGGUAGUCUUCCCAAAGUAGUUCCUGUUAUAAUAAAGGCAUUGCACUAUGACAUACGAAGAGGUCCACACAGCAUUGGGUCCCAUGUUCGGGAUGCUGCUGCAUAUGUGUGUUGGGCAUUUGGUCGUGCUUACUCCAACUCAGAUAUGAAAGGCAUUUUAGAGCAGCUUGCUCCACACCUUUUAACAGUUGCUUGUUAUGAUCGAGAGGUGAAUUGUAGAAGAGCAGCCUCUGCUGCUUUUCAAGAGAAUGUUGGAAGACAAGGAGCCUUCCCACAUGGCAUUGAUAUUGUGAAUACAGCUGAUUAUUUUUCUCUUGCCUCACGACCAAAUUCUUAUCUUAAUGUCGCUGUCUGCAUUGCUCAGUACAAAGAGUAUUUUUAUUCUUUUGUGGAAGAAUUGCUAUGCAACAAAAUAACACACUGGGAGCGAAGUUUAAGAGAGCUGGCUGCAGAAGCCCUCUCUGCUCUUGCAAAAUAUGAUAGUGCAUAUUUUGGUGGAUAUGUCCUUGAGAAAUUGAUCCCCUGCACAUUAUCAUCAGAUCUUUGCACACGCCAUGGUGCAACGCUUGCUAUUGGAGAGAUUGUUUUAACUUUGCAUCGGCUUGGUUUUAUUUUUCCUAGUGACAAGCAAAAAGCUUUAUCAGGUAUUGUUCCUGCCAUUGAAAAAGCACGACUCUACCGCGGCAAGGGGGGAGAAAUCAUGCGAUCUUCUGUUUCUCGAUUCAUUGAGUGUAUCUCUCUUUCUGCAAUAUCUUUGAAUGAGAAGACUAAAAGGAGUUUACUAGAUACCCUAAAUGAGAAUUUGAAGCACCCUAAUGCUCAAAUACAGUGUGCUGCUGUUGAUGCAUUAAAGCACUUUAUUCCAACAUAUCUGGUUGCUUCUGGUGAUAAAGUUGCUAAUGAGAUUGUCACAAAGUACCUGGAACUCCUUGAUGACUCUAAUGUUGCUUCUAGAAGGGGCGCUGCACUGGCUCUUGGAAUUUUACCAUAUCAGUUCUUGGUUGUCAGAUGGAGUGUUCUAAUAACAAAGCUCUGUAGCUCGUGCACACUGGAGAGUAAGCCUGAUGAUCCAGAUGCUGAAGCACGUGUAAAUGCUGUUAAGGGGCUAAUUUCUGUUUGUGAAACAUUAACCAAUACUUCCAAUGAACAGAAUUUUGGCGAUGAAAGAUCUUUUUAUUUGCUUAUUAAAAAUAAAAUCAUGGAGACUUUGUUUAAAGCACUCGAUGACUAUGCAGUGGACAACAGAGGAGAUGUGGGUUCUUGGGUGCGUGAAGCAGCAAUGGAUGCCCUAGAGAGGUGCACUUACAUCCUUUGCAAGCGAGAUUCUUCCUCCAUGAAGCCACAGACUCAUGAGCUAGAUGCAGCUGAUUGGGAAGACCAACUAUUUGAUGCAGAUAUUGCCAAGAAGCUAAUAUCAGGCCUUGCAAAGCAAGCUGUUGAGAAAAUAGAUAAAAUAAGGGAUAUAGCUGCAAAGACUCUACAAAGGAUUCUGUACAGACAGAAAGAUAUUAUUUCAUUCAUACCUCAUAGGGAGGUGCUGGAAAGUAUCAUUCCCAGCAGUACAGAUCUAAAGUGGGGAGUCCCUGCUGUGUCUUAUCCAGUUUUCGUGCAGCUUCUUCGAAUCGACUGUUAUAGCAAAUCUGUGCUUUCUGGGCUAGUAAUAUCUGUUGGUGGAUUGCAAGAAUCUCUGCGGAAGGCAUCACUAGCAGCUUUAUUAGAGUAUCUUCAAUGUUCAGAAGGUGAUGCAGGUGAGGAGAGGAGAACGAGGGAGUAUGUUUUGAGUGCUGAUCUUCUGUGGGUUCUUAGACGGUAUCAGAAAUGUGAUCGAGUAAUUACACCAGCAUUCAAGACAAUAGAGGUUCUCCUUAGCAAAAAGUUCUUAUUGAACAUGCAGGAUUUCUGCACGGAAAUUUUGGAUUCUCUCACAGUUGAGUUGAAGGCAUCAAAGGACUUUACAAAGUUGUGUUCAGGCCUUUCUAUUCUUGGAUAUGUUUCUUCUUAUACAGAGGCAACCAACACCAGGGCCUUCUCUCAACUUCUAUCUUUUCUGGGCCAUCGGUACCCGAAGAUUCGGAAGGCUGCUGCCGAUCAGGUAUACCUCGUCCUGCUGCAAAACGGUAACCUCAUCCCAGAAGAUAACAUGGAAAGAGCACUGGAAGUUAUUUCCGAUACCUGCUGGGAUGGAGAUGUGGAGGAAGCAAGGAGUAAAAGGUUGCAGCUUUGCGAGAUGGCCGGUUUGGAUACAAGUGCCUAUCAGAAUACUAAUGCCAAAGACAAAAGGAAGGAUGCCCAGAGAAGGGCUGCAUUGGAUGAUGAAAAUAAGUCAUAUUCAUCGUUAGUUGGGUUUUCUGGCUUCUAGCGGAAGCAUAUAAUUCAAGGCCUUCUUUAGUUGGGUGAUGAUAUCAACAAAGCCACAUUUAAAAUUGGCAGACGAAAUCCAUUGAAUCUAGUUUAAUUCAGUAAAGAGCGACUGGGUUUAAUGCAUCCUUUUGUCCGCAGCAAUAUCUGCUCUAUUAAUAACGUCACCCAAAAUAUUUAGGUUUUUUUUUGGCCCUUCAUAUCUGAGAUAUGUCAAGAUUGAACUCACUACCAAGCGAUCUUUUUGGGAGGUCACUUGCAAGUGAUUUUACCUGCCAAAACACCUUAGGAUGAAAGGAUGAAUUGCUUGCGAAUUGUAGAGUCCCUUCCUCCCAUCAUGACACCAAAUUUAUUUUAUAUUGUUGGGUUGCUAAGAUUGUAUUAGAUAUCUGUGGUUGAUCCUGAUGCAUAUGACACUUCAAUUGGCUCUCACUUUGUUAAUUGUGCUUAGUUUAAAAGAAAUUUAUGUAAUUUGUAAAGGCAUGAUAAACCUUGUCGUAGAACUCGGGGACAUAUAUGCACAUGAUGAUUGUGUGGCUUGGCAAGGCUUUCGCUUUCUUUAGGGUUUGCUACAAUUAAACUUGUAGGAUUCACCCAUUCCUUCUGUUUUACUUCGACUGGAACAACCUGUUUUGAGUAGCAUGGAUGAGGCACUUUUCUUAUGGUUUCCUUUUCUUUC